AUGGGCUCCAUAGCCAUGGACGCGCAUGCUCCCUCAGAGGCUUCGUCCUCGCCCUCGGAUACAGUCGAAGUGCAGACCCAACCAGCGAAGCGGACAGCUGCCGAUGCAGGUCUGAAAGCCAAUGGCAUGCGCCCAGCGAAGAGCGUCAAGAGAAGAGCUUCCAAAGCCUGCCAAUGUUGUCGCUCACGCAAAGUGAGAUGUAACGUCGUUGAGCAUGGCCCGCCGUGCACGAAUUGCCGUCUUGAUGAGGUCGAAUGCAUCGUGUCGGAAAGCAAGCGCAAGAAGAAAUGGCCUACCAACGGCAUCGAAGGCUCGCCAGGUCAGACGAAAGGCGGUCUUCCUUACAAGUCGCCGAUGUUUCCCAUGUCCGCACAACCGCCAUACGAGCCCAUCAAGCGCUCUGAACAUGUACCGCACGCUUUGUAUCAAGACCUUGGUAGAGACAUGAGCUUGAGUGCACAAACACCGAGACCAUCCAUCUACGCGCCUGACAUGGUCAUGAAUCUGCAACGAAUUGGUCAGAAACCAUCCGUGUCCGACCCUGCACCUCUCAUGGCCGGCCUAAUGCCACCCAUUCUGCCCUCCUACAACCUGCCUCUAUUCAUUAAACCUCUCCCUUCGAAGCUCGACCCCGAAGAUCUGGUGUAUCUCGAGAAGAAGGGUGCUCUGACAAUACCGCCUGAGCCAUUGCGAAACGAGCUGCUGCGGAACUUUGUGGAGUUCAUUCACCCCUUCAUGCCGUUGUUGAACGUACACGAGCUGGUCGCGACGAUCGAUCGAAAUGACGGCACUGCUCCUGUGAGCUUGUUGCUCUUUCAAGCGAUCAUGUUUACGGGCAUUGCGACUGUCGACGCGAGCUUGUUAAGGGCCGCUGGAUACGCCACCCGCAGAGACGCACGGCGAGACUUCUUUCAAAAGACGAGAUUGUUAUACGACUUCGAUAUUGAGAUCGAUCGCAUUUCACUGAUCCAGUCUCUGCUGCUGAUGACAUAUUGGUACGAGACGCCAGACGAUCAGAAGGAUAGUCAUCAUUGGAUGGGCAUCGCAGUCUCUCUUUCACACACGAUCGGCCUCCAUCGAAACCCAGACAAAUCUGCUGCGAUGGAUGAUUCGAGAAAGAAACUGUGGAAGCGCAUCUGGUGGUCGACAUACAUGCGCGAUCGUCUCGUGGCUCUUGGCAUGCGGCGACCGACUCGCAUCAAGAACGCAGAUUUCGAUGUGCCGAUGCUUACGAUCAACGAUUUCGAGUCGACGGUGCUUCCAGACGGCAUCUCUUGCAUUCCGGCUGAUUGCAGACUUCUACGAGAUGUUGGGAUGCAAAAUCAGUUGGCACUGAUGUGCAUCGAGAGCGCCAAGCUCUGCAUCUGUAUGAGCCAUGUGCUGUCUGUGCAAUACUCGGUACUCAACAGCAACCACGGUGUGCUGAGCGAAGAGGGUAGCACCCAGACAACUUUCCGUCUUGCUAGAAAGCGAGACCCAGAGGUCAACGAAGUGCAGACCUGCGAUAAGGAGCUCCAAGAUUGGAAGAACGAGCUGCCUGCUGAAGCUCAGUAUGCGGUUCCGUCAUGGCAGGAUGUUGAUUCUGGACUGGACAGCAUCGUGCUGAACCGUUCUUUGCUGCACAUGAUCUACUACGCAACACUUUCCGCCCUGCACCGCCCGCAAGUAUUGCCGUCGACAGCAAUACCCCCGAGGCAGACACAGUCAGACAUGCUCGAACAAUCUCGAAAAGCAGUCAGGCUUGCGGCGAACGAGAUUACGAACAUUGCUUACGGGCUGUUCAACCUCGACAUGGUGAGAUAUCUUCCAACGACGGGUGUUACUGUUCUCCUGCCUGCCAUCAUCAUCCACUUGCUGGAUAUCAAGGCCCCAGAUGAAUCGACUCGAAGGACGAGUUUGCAAGGCUUUUGCCAAUGCAUGCAGAUCAUGGGCAAGCUGAGAGACAUCUACGCUGCCGCCGACUACUCUACGGCGUUCCUCGAGGCAGCGAUCCGCAAAGCAGAAAUCACACUGCCCCAAAAGUCGGAUGAGAUCAAGGAGCCGCGAAACAUCAUUACGUCGGCCCAAGGCCUCGUCGAUGCUGGCCGCAGAAUGCAGCUCAUGCCAGCUGGGCAAGAAACAGGUGCGCUCACCCCACCGCCGGAUGAUUCCCGAACGUCAUUCGAGAACGACCAACUCACCGACGACGACAUUGCACGGAAGCUGAACUCGUAUCUAGCAUCGACGCCACCGGAUUCUGAGAAUCAGAACGCUGGGGAGCAGGUGGACCUGGGCAUACAGCCUGAUUUUGAGCACGACUUUGACAAUUUGAUCAACCUCGAUGCGGCGGGCGAUGUGUGGUCGCUGGAAGACGGAUAUGCAGCGAUGAGUGGUGAGACUGGCGGGUUUACGAUGGAUUGGUUGAAUGGCACAACCGCCACCACGUCCUCAGCACAACCGCCUACGUCGCCGCCCAUUGUCAAGUAUGAUGGCAUUGUAGCCGACCAUCCUGAGUCUUCGUUGCUGCACGAGGGAUUGAGCCCGGAGAUCGCGCGUCUGCCUCCUCCACGAACGCCUGCGAGCUUAAGGAGUAGAGAUACCAGUUCUGCAUACUACACUGCUGCGUGGGGCUCGCCAUACGACCUCUCGCCGUCUCAAUUGUCGCGAUCCGCACGUACCGCUGUCUCUGAGCAGACUGCGAGCGAAGACGCCAACGAGCUCUCGCCUACACCAAGCUUUGGACUAGAGCACUUGAUUCCAAGUCGCCUUAGCGACCUCAGUCUUCCUCAACACGAUACAUCGGCAUUGGGCAUCUAUCAGCCAGUCCCCGACCACUCGCAAACUCCACGCUCGCGUACGCAACGUUGGGUCCAACUGCCACAGCGGGAGGAGCAGUCAGAACGUAUACAUUGGUGGAGCGACGAGUCGGUGCACAGCAGAUCUGAUAGCGAAAGUAGAAGACCUCGCGCACCGUCUUCUUCGAGCUCGAUACAGCACUCUAGAGAUAGAGUUAGCAGGCUUGGGCAUAAAUCCCGGGAGAACAAUCGGACAUUGGACCAGCAGUCCUUUUGGAAUACCCUACGUGGACAGAAACCUGAUAAUAUGGCAAGCUUGCUAGAUUCACGAUGGGCGGCGACGCCGGAGCCGGCAUUCGACCAACAGCAACAGGCUAGGCCGGUGGGAGAGGACACGAAGCCGAAGGAUGGUGUACUUUCCUCCAGAUGGGCAGACGCUGCGGAGUUUGAGCCAAGUGAGAAGAAAGAACAGGACGAUGUUGAGGAGAAGCCAGUCGAAGGCAUAACUGCGUCAAGAUGGGCAGACACACCAGAGCCAGAUCCGGAAGAGCAACAAGAACAGGAGAAGGCCGAGAAGCCAGAAGCCAACGCAGAGGAGCCGUCAAACCCUCAAGAGGUUGCAGAGAAGCCAACAGACGGCGUUUUCGCUUCCAGGUGGGCUCCCACGCCGGAGCCGCCAGCAGAACAAGAUGGUGCAUCGGAGACGAUACCAGAGACGCAGGAAGAGGCUACUCCAACCACUCAAAUUGCAAGCACGUCUCCUGACGUUCAAAUGGAUGGCAAGAGCAACGAGAUGCCGGAGGAGGUCGAGGAGGAACAAAAGGAUGCAGCAUUGCCAGACACGGGGCAUGAGCCAGUUGACGUUCCAGUGGAUACAGCUGAACCUGAUGUGCCAGAGACGACUACGCCUGGCGAGACUCUACAACCCAAUCCACCCGUGACUACGCAGCAUCUGGAACCUCCUCGCCUCAGGAAGCGCGUGAGCUGGCGAGGGAAGAACAUUGUUAUUUCCAUACCAAGAAUCGACUUCGAUGCAGCUGGCAUAUCCCAGCCCCUGAGCGAAGUCGAAGUUCAAGAGCGGUUGAAGCAGUUUCAAGAUGCGGGCUACAACGUCCUAGGCUACGAUUUGACUUACGAGGAAGCUGCUGGUGAUCCUGCUCAAGUCAGAGCCAUCUUUCCAGAUGAAACAGAGUCCCGUCAAGCACCAAAUCGAGAAGAGUACAAGGUGCUCCUGCCGGAUCUUCAGAAGUGGAGAGCAUACACAGACUGGCUCACCGAACAGAAAUUGGCUGCCCUUGGUGUGACUCUUGGGAUUGAAGAACCACCGCAGCCACCGGCGCCUGCGCAAGAUAUGUCUCGACAAUCGUCUCAGCAGUAUCCGCCCCUACCUUUCUCGCCGCCACUGCCGACAGCAUCGGCCGGUAGCAGUAGCAUGGGCCGUCCAGGACUUGUUCGUGGUCACUCACACACAAUGUCUGUUGCUUCUCCAGCUUCGCCUCUGAACGGACCAUUCGGACAUAUGCACCGACACUCAACUUUCACUGGUCCCAUUGGCCUUCCCCAGCUACAGCAGCCACCGCAACCACAGUCCCCAGGGAUCCCUGGCUUGCAGCCUUUCUCCCCACAGCAACAACUUGCGUUGUCAGGCUUGCCGCGUGGCGGCUCACCUGCCCAGAUUUCUGCUCUUAGACAGGAACUUGGCUCUAUGCGCGGCCCUGGUUCGCCCUUGAACCAACAAAUGUUACCUCAAUCUCCUCAAGAUUACAGUAGAGGUUUGGUGGACGACCAGAGGCGGAGACAGCACGCGUACUCUCAGUCCAUGCAGCAGCCAAUGAUGCAGCAAACAUUCAUGUCGCAAGGCUCUAGUCUUCGUCCAACUCCCGCACUGCCGGAGCUGCCUGAAGAUGAAGACGAGGAAGAAGAGGAUAUGGAGGGGUCAACUCCUCCGACUUACGUUCCACCACAUAAGAGAGUUCAGGCAAACACCGAAAUCGCGGUCCCGACUCCAAGAGGUCACCGCCACAACAUCAGCGAAGGCCUCGAGCGAGAACUUCUCGAAGCUGAACAACGGCAAAAGGCUGCAAGCAGAGACUGGAUCGAGGUCACUGAGGAGGAAGAGCAGCCAUCGAUCCUGCCGUAUCCGAAGUCGAAUGGCUUCCAAACUCAGAUGCCACCUCAGCCUGUUGAACGAGAUCCUCUCGGCUCCGAGCAUCCUGUUCAAGAAACGGCACAUAGCCGCAAGAAGAGCGCUUCCCGAUUCAAUGUGGCAGCGCCCUCCUUUACCUUCAACCCUGGCGCUAACUUUCAACCUGGAGCAAGCUUCCAGCCAGCGCCGACUUUCCAACAGCCUGGCGCUUUCCAACCUCCACAGUCUACAUUCACUUUCGGCGCACCUGCACCCGCAGCGAAUGAACAGAGCGCCCAGACUCAUCGUCGGCAUCAAUCUUCCGGUUCCUUCAACGCCAACGCGCCGUCAUUCAAGCCGGUCAUUUCUGAAUUCAGCUUCUCGUCCUCGGGGCCAACGUUCAAGACCAAUGGCACUGCUGAAGAAGCAUCCAAGAAGAACAUUGUCGAUGAACUGCCAAGCAUCUUUGGCAAGAUCGACGUUCCCGAUAUCGUCAAGCCGGCCCGGAGGUCAAAGGCCAUUGCUAUCGUUCGUCCUGAAGAAGCUCAAAAUGUUGGAUCUGGCACCGACUUCGAGGACGAUGAAGGACGUGUGGCUCAAGGCGAUGCGAAGAGGAAACAGGCGCGCAAGAUCGGCGACGAUGGCGAUCAAGUGCCACUCUUUGCAGAGCCAAGCGCGGCUCCUGCUCUACCAGUGCCACCGGAGAAAGUUCUUGGAUCGAAUGUCAGUAGCGCAACGACCGCAGGCGCGGAGCAAGCCCCAGAAGACACCCCAGCAGGCCUUGAAGCAAUCGCCGAGAAGCCCGAGGAAGAUGUCAGCACCCAACCUACCAAGGAAGACGACGUUCCCGAGGCGACGACAGUCGCUGACAAGCCUGCUGAGAAAGAAACACACCACAAGCACAAGCACUCGAGCUCGUUGUCUGCAUUGGCCAGGCCAUUCCAGCCUCCCGGAGGUCCACCAGUCGAAGAAGAGCCAAACGAAAAGCACCAUGAACACUUCAACUCGAUCAGUGAAUUGGAAGAAGGCGAGAUCAGGGAAGAUGGUACACCUUCUGUGUCUCCCAUUCGAGAGCACGCUACUCUGCAGCGUGAUUUCGCUCCAUCCUCUGCUAGACCUCCGCCGCCGGUGGAGUUCUCUUCACAGGAACGCAUUGACAAGGUUGAAAACCAUGAGCCGUCAUUUGAUGAGAUCGAUGCUGUUAUGCGUCAGCUCAACGCAGAUGAUUCAGAGAAGGAGACCGUCAGAGAUGCUUCGCCAGCCCGAUUGCCAAGCCCUGGUUCUCAUCCCAUGAAGGGCGUGACUUACCUGGGUGAGUGGUCGCGCAGCGAUGCUCCGAGCCCCAGUCCAGACCGCAAGCAGCUGGAUGCUGCUCUCGAGCGUCCUGAAAGCGUAGGUCAGGAUCUCAAUGGUUGGCCUCAGGUUCGCCAGCUCAACAGAGCAGAGGAAGCUCCAACGAGCGACUGGUCCGGCAUGCUCUCGCCUCCUGAUGAGGAGAAGCUGCAACAACGCAGCAACUUCUUCGACAGUCACAUCGAUAGUAUUAUCGGCCGUGUCGUCGAACAGCGUCUUCAGCCUCUCGAAGAGAGUCUGCGGCAUAUUCAGAACAACGUCGGCCGUGGUAACCGCUCUACAGAUCUCAAGCUACAGCGAAGCUCUUCGAAUGUGGAGAGCGAUGCUGACGACGAGGAUGAAGGCUCUGAUGAGCAGAAACAGCGACCCAUCUCCCGUGGACGAGACAAGCGUGUCGAUCAAAUCAAGGCUGUCGUCUUGGAAGCACUCCGUGAGCAGAGCCCUGUACGCUCGCAGACCGCCAUCGACGUUGCUGAGCUUCACUCUGUCUUGGCGGAUAUGAAGGUUUCCUUCGCCAGAGCUGCAUCUGCCAGCUUGGAACUUGAUGAUAUUCGUGCCGUUGUGGAAGACUCCCUGAACCGACAAAGUCAGGCUGUUGUACCUAUUGCUCUUGAUGAAAGCAAGGAGACGCAUCGCCGAGAGCUCUCUGAACUGGAGGGUCGCCUCAACGAGACACUUGCUGGAGCGCUUGAGGAGGCUAACCACCGCCGUGCAAUCGAGGAGCGAGAGACGGAAGCCAGGCGGCAACUGCGCCUGGCAGAAGAAGAGCUCAAUUUGCUAAGAGACUCGUCUCGGGACGAGGAGUCGAAGAUCCGAGCAAUGGAACAAGAACGCCAGGAUCUCCUCGAUCGUCUGGAUAGAUCUGAGGAUGCCCGCCGAAAAGCAGAAGACAAACUGGAAGAUGCUGAAGCAGAGAAGGACGCUUUGCAGGCCACUCUUGAAGAAUACCGAGUGUCGAGCAACAAAUGGCGCCAGGACAUUGACGAUGGCAAACUUGCUCGUGAAGAGCUCGAGAACACAAUCGCCUCGAUGGAGCGUCAAAAUGAAGAUUACCAGGAAUCUUCUAGCGGCAUGAAGCGCAGACUUGAGAAGCUCCAUUCCGACAUGGCGACCGCGGCAGGCCAGCUUGCGAGCGAGAAGGCUGUCUGGAAGUCCAAGGAAGAGGACUACCGUGCCAAGAUCGAGGUCUUGGAAUCGCAGCAAGUGGUUGCCAACAGAGAACGUGUGCAGCUUGAGGACGAAUUGCGCGUGAUGCGCUCCAACGCCAUUGGGGCUGCAGAGUCUCAGCAUACGAUUGAGCAUUUGAGAGCAACGAAUGCAUCGUUGGAUGAGAUGGUCCGCAAGAUGCAAGGCGACCUGACUGAACAACAGGUCCUAGCUGUCCGCUUCGAACGACAAUUCCACGACGCCCAGGAGUCUGGACGAGCUGAAGUGCACCGGACUCGUAUGUCUCUUGAGACGGAGGUCGAGGCCGCGAACAACCAUGUCAAUCUCGUUAGAGCCGAGCUUGAGACUGAGUUGUCAAGAGUUCGUACGGAGCUUGAAAAUGCCAAGAUGGAAGCCGACACUGCGAAGGCGCGUCACGACCACCUCAUGGAGGAAGAAGAGACUGCGAGAAGGGAGGCCCUUCGCAAGGUCAACCACUCCAACAGCGUUGCAUUGGACGAAGCACGCCACAAGUACGAGUCAGCUAUUCAAGAGUUGACGACCCAACAAUCUCGAGCACUGUCGCAGGCCUUUGAGGACAAGGAACGUACGGAGGGCCUCUUGAAGGAAAAGUUGGCAUUGUCCGAGGCCAAACUGCAACACUACCAAGAGAGAGUCUCACAUCUCGAAGAGCGUUUGGAGGUGGCCAAAUCCGCCGCCCAGGCCGCUGCCUUGAGUGCCAAAGCUUCGAAGACGUUGUCUCCUCCAAGCUCGUCGGCCGGUUUGCCAUCAGCUGGUAUACCAGAGAAGGUCUCCCCACAGGCGUUGCGGGAAUCAAUACUCGUACUCCAAGAGCAACUGCAAGAGCGUGAGACACGCAUCGAACGUCUUGAGGCUCAGGUGCAGCACGAGGGCGUUGCAAAGGUCAAGGAACGCGACACCGAGAUCAACUGGCUACGAGAACUACUUGCGCUCCGCAGUGAUGAGUUGACUGAACUCGUCAACACUUUGUCUCGUCCCAACUUCGAUCGUGCGACUGUUCGAGAUACUGCGAUCCGAAUCCGCGCCAAUCUUCAGAUGGAGCAGCAAGAGAAAGAGCGAUCUAACAAAACUGCUGGAGGCCUUGGAGGACAAGCCCUUGCAAGUCUCACCAGCCUGACGAAUUCGCCUCGAGCUGCUCAGUUGUCGUCCGCCUUCAACAAGUGGCGGGAGUCCAUGGAGAGCUCUGCCUUGAAGAGUCAACAGCGACCGGGCGCAGGAGCUCGUUCUUACACGCCAUCCAAAGUCAACACCAAGCCACAGCCACCUUCACGAUUCCCCUCCGGACUCAUGACUCCUCCAGCCAGCAAUCUGCGAAGCUCACCUGCUGCAGAAGGAACGGUGUCGCUUCCUCCGCCGCAGUUGAAUUCCAGACCAGGAUCCAAGUCUUCGGCCAUGGACCAAACUGAUGAAGCCGCGAAGCCUCGCAGCAGGCACACCUCGGGGACGUCAGAACGUCCGAGCACACCACUGUUCCGUGAACAGAGCUACGACCGCGAUGCUGAAGACCACAAGGUCGACAUGCAAACGUUUGAAGAUGACGAUCUGGACGAUGUCGCUGAUUCCGAGCCUCCAGCUUUCCGAAGCCUCGAGGCGGAGCUUGAAGAUGAGGGAGGAAUGGAGGAGUAA